AUGUUCAGUAUUUUGCGGCCUAAAAUACUUGACAGAGCACCAUGCUUCCUCAGAUAUAACUCUUCAGAUUCAAAGACAGAUCCUUUGGCGAUACUAAGCGGAAUCAAUAAAAAUCAACAAGCAGGUUCUAGCACCAAAACAUCGUUUUUGGGAGAGAGCAAUUUUUCCGUGAGCGCAGCUUUCAAAGAGCCAAACUGCCUUGAAUAUGCUACCAAACUUCCUCUUGAUGGAGCUCACGCCGGACGCUCCAUCCUGGUCAAGAAAGGAGAUCUCAUGAGGAGCAUCAAAAGAUUGGAAGUGAUGGCUCAAUCUACAAAGCUCAGAAGCACAUACUACGAACAGAGGUUCUACUUGAAACCAAGUAAGAGGAAGUUACAACAAAGAAUCAAAACCAAGAAAACACGCUUCGAUGCCGGUAUUAGAAAAUUACUGGGUGUGGUGCGGAACGCUGUUAGAAAAGGAUAUUAA